AUGCCAGUCCUCCCUGCUCUCGAAGGCUCAACCUUCAAUGAAGAUAUCCGAGAUCGCCACCUUCUUUACGACUACGCUGCCCAAGAUGCACAGGGCAAUCCCGAGAAAUGGCGAUACGAGAUGUGGUUCUACAACGAAGACCGUAUUGUCUACGCCAUCCAUGGUGGCCCUAUGGCAGGCCGAAAGAACUUCCAGGCGGCAACUUACCAAUGCAUUCGCCCUGGGGAGCUAUGGCAGUGCAACUGGCUGGAGGAGACCGGCACCAUCUGUUCACUGGUGUUCGACAUUCCCAAUAAACGCAUCACCACUCUUCUUGGGUUUUCGAAGGGACACUGGACCGAAAGCGAGGCAGCCCAUGGCGAUAAGCGCAACCCUGAGGAUCUCGCAAGGUGGAGGGAUUUAGCUAAGAUUGGCGAGUCUCAGGCGGAUCGGGUGCUUUUGAGCGAGCAAGCUGAUAUUUUGGAGGAUUUCAGAGGCGCAGGGGAUUUGUCACCGAUUGAAAUGCACUGGCCUUGUCUGUGA